GGUAUCGAACGUUGUUGCGCUGUGUUCGACUUUGUUCGUUGAAAAAAUUGUGCUUUCGAAAAUCGUCUCUCUGAGAUCGUCGCUGCGCGCCGUGAAUCCGCCGACUCGUGUACUUUGUGUGCAUCGCUACAAGAGAGUUUCGUAAUUCGCAAGCAAUUGUUAUUGUUGUUGCGGUUCGUGCGGCACCGUCGCGUUGCUUUUUCCCCAAAAGUGUGUGCAUCUCUUUGUCAUCUGUUACCAUUUUUUUUCUCUCGGUGAUAUAUUUCGCACAGGUGCACAAAGUUCACCAGCCGAGCAAGCGGUUGGUAAUACGACGAGUGUUUCGAGUGCCUGGAAAGGUUUGGGUUUAUUUUUGUGUAUGUGAUGUCAUUAAUUGUCGACUAGCAGGUUAUAGUUUCGAACCGUGCAGCGACGACAAACUCAACACGCGAUGUUUCUGUCUUCGAUGAGGAAUCAUCGAAGCGUUCCGAUCUGUCACAAAACCCAAAGCGCAAUCAUCCAUUCCGCCGGAGAUCGUUGGAAUCCUCUCGAGAAUGUCGGGAUGGGUCGAUCGGCGAACUUCCACGUUGAGCUCGGAAGAUAAUGACAACCGUACUUCGUCACCCGAGGGCAGCCCGACACCAGCGAACGAUGCAUGCUCUAACGAGAAUGGCUCCUACAGAUCUAGCAAAUUCCCUCUGCGUAAGAUCGGUGACAUGUUCCGAAGCACGCUACGAAGUUCGGGUAAUUAUUCGAGCAAAGCCUAUGACGAGAGUGUUGUGCAGGAAUGUAAGAUUUCGGAAGACUCGAUCGAAGACGCGGAAAACUCUAAGACGGCGGAGGGACAGCCAACCGAGCAGCGGCGGCCGUCAGUUCCGACUGCGGAGGUUGUGGCCGUACUUAUUAACGAGAAGCCUGUUCGGAUGGAGGGUGGCCUUCCCUGUGGGACGACGGGCUCGCGAACCAAACGGACCGCCACACUGAAUCGAACAUUUAAGCGGCGAAAAAGUGUGAAUGCCAGCCUUAAGCGAAGUAUAUCAACGCUACCUCUAAAUGGCGGUCUGGACCACAAUGUCAGCAACGGUCCCAAACGGCAGUCCAUCAGCAGCCAGGGCACGAGCGGAGACGUGGAAUCCGAGGUGGUCCUGGGCAAAGGCCUCGGGCGGGAGCGCGUGAAUUCGACCUCGCACUAUUCAACCGAGAAGAGCGGCUCGUCGGGUUACUACAGUACAAAUAUCUACUUCGCCGGUAGUUCAGUAGUCGACGAUCACAUCUACUACGAACCAGUGGUGACAGCGGCAGCGGCGACGGCGACGUCGGGAGGGGACAGGAAAAAUCUGACAAACACAGUCAAGAGAGCACCGGGCGCCAUCGGUGGCCGGAGUGAUGGCCCGUUGAAGAACAGCAGAGCCAUCGGAGACUCGAAGAACUCUCUUUCCAAGAGCAGUAGUAGGUCGCUUAAUAAGUACUACUAUCCAGCUCCAUCGGGAGACGAACCAAGUGACAAAGCGACAAAGAUGCGUACCAAACCACCCGGCAAUGAAAAACUUACAGAUAUCAUGGAGGGUCCCGAUGGGCAGAUUCCGCGACCGAUAUGGCCACUGGACACCGACGACUCGCUGGCGGAUAUCAAUCUGGAAGCCUUCAGUAUGCGAGACACUGGCCAGCGGAAUCUGAUGGGCUUCGAGAGUCCAACGUCCAAUUCUGACAACGAAAUUUAUUCCGGCAACAAGAAAGAUCAGGAGGAAUCGGAGCGGAAAAAAUCACAAUAUGAGGAGUAUCUUGAGUUUCACAACACCAGAAACAUUCUGGAGCAAAUUCGGGGCAAAUUGGAUGCGCUCUUGGAGCAAAGGAAUGACAUGCAAAAGACAAACAACGACAGCUUGAAACCGACACCAGCGGAAGUCGAACUAGAAGAGGAAAUAGCUAAACUUAAAUCCGACUUGGAGUGCUAUCUGCAAUCCAUGAAUCAGAAAAAUGAAAACGAAAUCAAACGCUUUUACCGGGGUAUAUCGAUGGAUGCGAAGGUUCUCGCCGUCCAACAUGCCGUUGAGCAGCGGCAGCGCUCGCGCAGCUCUUCGAUCAAUGUGGAAAAUGUGUAUGAAGUGUUAGGGAAUUCUAAAUCGAGUACCCAGCCGUACUAUUCCGCGAUCUCGCCCCGGAGUGUGAAAAGUUUCUCCGGGGAGGAAAGGAAGACCGAAGAUCAUCCGACCUACUUUGAGGCGGUGUACGUUCACGAUGGCGGUUUCAACGUGCGCCAUCUUGACAGACCGAUGCCAAAUCCAUUCGCGCAGGAAGUCCGCACCGCUCAGAUGUUGCAGAACCAGAGGGCGUUGAACUGUCAACAGCGUUAUCUUGGCAGCGAAGAGAUGGCGUAUUGCGGUAAUUUGAGAGGCUGUGAGCGAAGACCUAGCCAAGUGUCCAUCGAGAUGCCCGAGAAUGGGAGGGAUUACAUACGUGUGGUGGAUGGUGGUGAUAUUGUGCACGGGGCGGGGAUGAUCCCUAGCGAGGGUGGGGCUAUCAUAGUGGACGGUGGCACUAAGCGCAGGGCAGAUGUUAGAAAUAGUAAUAAUUUAGGCAAAAGCGGUGAUAUUAGUGGUUUUACGCUUCAACGGGUGAUUUUGAUGGAAAGUUUGGGCAAGAAUGGCAAAAUGUUUGGUGACAAGGAGAAAAUGCUACUGGAGUAUCAUCUGAACAAGCCGAGCUACUGGGAGAUGUACUAUGGUGCUAAUCGGGAGGAGCAGAAGCCUCACCAGACGCUGAUACGGAAGAUGAAGAUAGGCGGGAAAAAUGCGAUCUCGGUUUCAUACCCAUCGACCAGACCGGAAUCGGACUUCACGCUGGAUAUGCCACGAGCCGAGCAGCUGCGGGUGAAGAUGAAAAAGGAGAAGCAAUUCCGCAGCCGGUGUCGCUGGUUUUUCUAUUUCCUCAGCGUGGUCUUCUUUCUACUCUCGGUGAUGGUGGUCAGUUUGGUACUGACCCGGGGCAAGCGGAUGUUUGGCAGCAUGAUUUGACAGCGGAGGUUGCCCCAGUGGUCCCAGCUACCAAACCUUAGACUUCACCUAGAUGGCUCUGGAUUAUGCCGCCUCCGUUUAGUAGCCCACCAUCGAGUUUUUCUGUUUUCUUUAUAGGUUCUACGUGGGCCACGGUGUGUCACAACUGUCGCAUCGGAGUGCUGUGCUGUGUGCGCUUCUCACUGCCCCGGAAGUGCUCCACCCAAUAAUUCAUCUGCUUUCGCGCCUGGAUCGCGGGAAGGCAAGCCGAUAAUACUUAAAUUGUUUUUGGUUUUAAGAUUGUGUAGACAAAUUUUAUGUAGUAUUUAUAUUGUGUAAGAGGCUGAAUUUUGAACAUGCUAUUUUGAUUGAUUGUAUUGCGACGCGCGGGGCUUUAUUUCGAUUUUGCAUUGGAGACGAAACUUAAUUGUUUGGGGUUUUUAUGGGGGAAAGCUUUCGGAGCUAAAGCUUGCGGCAGACUUUUAUGUUUGCUGAAUUCACACGAGACAAAAGCUAUAGAUGACUGAGUGUUAGUUUUUAUGCAAAUUGAGUGCUGCAUUUGAAAAUUACAUGAAAAUCAUGAUGGUCGAUUAUUUGCCGUGUGUUCUGGGUUUGAAUGCCAAUGAUAGUUUCUGAAUAACUGUUGAUAAGAAUAAGUCAUGACAUUGUCUCACCUCUAUCCUUUUAAAUUUGAUACAAUGUGAGCAUCCACCAUGGACGAACUACUCUGCCAAGAUUUUAUUUUCAAAGUUUCAAGUUUCAAGGAAGUUGUUUCCGUUGUUGGAGAGCUCAGCAUCUACUCAGUUGCCUCUAGUUGCACUCGUGCUGCACUUUUGGCUAAUUGGCCGUAAUUCCGAAGGGAUGCAUUCACUUUAAGCAUCAACUGAAAGUUUUUCUAACAAUCUCUAGAAGCUGUUAAUGUUGGCAUGUACACAGUGUGUCAAUUAAGUUCCAGGCUAGUAGUGCAGAUGAACUUUUGAGCAUGCUUUGUUUAUCCAUUACUAUCAACAUGAGUGCACUAACGAUAUUCGGUACCAAUAGACUAAUGUUUACUUACGACAAUGCCUAACUGAAAUCGACUGGAAAGAACGAUGAACUAUUCCUUUCUUAAUCUUGCACGAGAUAAUUGAAAAUCAUAAGACAAAUAGCGACAGUUAAAUACAUGAGACAUACUCGAUUUUCGAAAAAAUCUUAUCUGAUAUGAAGUAAGCUCAGUAAAUCGAGUCUGUUCUAUUUACGGGCAAUUUUUCUGGAUCGCCAGAAUUCGCUGGGGGUUAUUUUGAUAUUUGUUGGUUUUAUUAUACAAACUAGUUUCCUCUGGCUUUAAUGCAAGUUUCACAUCGAUGUAGUAGCGUACAAAUGUUGUCAAAUAUUGCCUUACCGUCUUGCCCUAAUUUUUGAACAAAAACAAGAAAAUAAUCGCAGUGGUGCAUAUCAGGUAGAUACGACGGAUUAUUUAGGACACAGAUGCGAUUCCGAGUGACAAAUUAAUGCACGAACAGCUACUUGCAAUUCGACGCAUUACUAUGUAGAAGAGCACAGCUUUUCGGAUUGUGAUAUGCGGAUCGAAUUUGGCGGAUUUUGAAAAAAAAAAUG